AAAAGAAAUACAAGAUAAACUAGCAGACAGCUUUGUUGUAAACUGAAGUAAUAAAAACGGAAAACAACAACUUUGUGGGCUUGUUUUUGUUUUAUUGUUUGCUACUGCUGAUUCUCAAAAUAAUUUUAUUCAAGAUGGACAAUCAAGUUUGUUUAAGGUGGAACAAUUUUCAAUCAAGUUUAACUACGACAUUAGAGAUUCUGUGGGACGAAGAAUCCUUUUGUGAUGUGACCCUGUUUUGCGGAGGACAAGAAAUUCGAGCUCACAAAGUUGUUUUGAGUGCUUGCAGUAUGAUAUUUAAAAGUUUGCUUAAAAAUAAUACUUGCCGACAUCCAAUAAUAAUUCUGCAUGAUAUUAGUCUAAAUAUUUUAGAAGCUAUUCUACAGUUUAUUUACAAAGGAGAAGUCAAUAUAGAACAAGAUCAACUAAACAACCUUCUACGAGCAGCAACUUUGUUGCAAAUUAGGGGUUUGGCUGGGAUUGCAGAAAAUGAAGUUGAUUUAGAAAAUCAGCUCUUAAGCAAACCAAUGAAAACUGGUCUCAGUCAGAAUUUUCCAAGUUCUGAUUUCAGCCCUGUCAAGAGGAAGAAGCCCAAAGUCUCAUCAUCACCAAAAGAUAAUGACGCUGAACCUCUUUUGGUUACACCUAAAGAAGAGCCAUUAAGUGAAGAGGAAACAUGUGGCAGUGCAAUUUACACUGAUGAAGUUUAUGAAAGACCUGAUAGCUUAGUUGUAUUGGACAGAAAAGAGGAGGAUGAGUGCAGUCAUGGUGUUAUUGAUGUUGACCCUUUAGUUACAAAGUCAACCAAUAUGCCAUCAGCUGUUAACUCUUCUGUUGAAAUGAUUUCUAAUUCAAGCCAAGCGGUUGCCUGUAACAACAUCCAGUUUCCUCCCUAUCCUUGCCCUUUCUGCUGUCGUGCUUACGCUACCUGGGGUUUCAGAAGACGUCACAUCAAAGCUAUUCACACUACGAGUCCAAAGUUACCAUGCAAGUGGUGCAGCACUGUUAUGGCGUCGCGAGGAGACUGGGAGAACCACGUCAUUGACGAACAUCACUUGAGCCGAUCUGAAGCUGAACAAGGUCUCAAGGUUUUGGAAGAAGCACACAUGGUUCUCCAAACUACAAACAUUGCCGACGAUGUUCUCAAAGAAACUGCUGACCGUUCGUUUAGAUCUAAAGAUAAAAAGUAACAAUUUUAAAACUACUGUGUACUGGUAUCUCAGCUAACUAAACUCUUAUCCAUAAACGGACAAUCUGUAGUCAAUCAAGCGACGGAAGUCUAAUAAUCUUUUUGUGUGUGUGCGUUUUACACCUCUUUAUUAUGAAAUGGUAUUAUUAUGAAUCUUUUAAAUAUUUCAACUUGACUGAUCUUCCCAAACCGUUUCUCUUCUACUGUAAAAAUGUUUUUAUCUUUUUCAGAAAGUAAUAUAUUCUUUCUUUUUUUGGUAA